AUGGCGACAACUAAAUUCUCGUCUGACGUCAUUACUCUGUAUGAUAUUGCCCAAAGACCACCCGUGGAGGAGUCAUGCUGCGCUCCAAACCCCUGGAAGAGCCGCUUUGCGCUCAACUUCAAAGGCGUCCCGUACUCGACGUCAUGGGUGAGAUUGCCCGACGUCUCUAAAGUGCGACAGAAGCUUGGCGAGCCGGCAGGACGGAAAUUCGCAGAUGGCACUGAUUUCUACACUCUCCCUAUAAUACGAGAUCCGGCCACUGGCUCUACGGUCGGCGACUCGUUUGACAUAGCCGUCUACCUGCAGCGAACGUAUCCUGAUAAGGGCGGAGACCUGUUCCCGGCCCAGAAGCUCGAUUAUACCUUCUCUCUAGACGCCGAGCUGCUUAUACCGCUUUCCAAGCGCGGCAAGGGCGAGUUUGAAGACUAUGCCCGCUUCAAUUCGAACGUAGAUACUGCCUUUACCACCCAUACCAUGCUGAUGUGUCAGGGUAUGCCCCUUGAUCCAGCCACGGCUGAUGAGGUCAAGGCGGAGUUUGUCCGUCGCGCCGGAGUCAACUCUUGGGAUGACUUCUCUGUGACAGGGGAAGCGCGUGAGAAGGCCAUGGUCUCGUUCCGCCAGGCGCUGGGGAGCCUGGCGAAGCUGUUUCUCAGGGAUUCCAACGGACCAUUUUUGCUCGGUCAACAGGUUAGCUAUGCUGAUUUCAUUGUUGGUGCUUGGCUGCGCAUGGCACAGCGAAGUCUGCCGGCGACGGAGUGGGAGGAGGUAAAAGGCUGGCAUGAGGGUGUUUUUGGACGGUUACAUGACGCGCUGGACGUUUAUGCAGAGGUCAAAUGA